UUAAUUGAUUGAGAGUAAUACCGCGCAAAGACAAUGAAACUGACUGAAAUAAAGAAGAUUGAAGAAAUUUUGCUAGUCGACAAACCAUUGCUGAGACACAAAAUAGGUAACUUAGUCUCAUCUGCAGAAAAUGGUGGCAGUUUUUUGUUAGAUGUAGACCUGAGAUUGAAAAAUGAAAAGAACUUCGAGGAAAGUUUAGAAGUUAUAGCAAAAUUAGCAGUCAGUAACAUUAAUAAUCCAAGCAGAGCUCAAUCUUUUCAGAAUGAACUCAUAUUCUACAAAAGCAUCGUGCCGUUGCUGCAGGAGUUUCUCAAACUUCGGGGGGCAGAUUGUCUCAAUUUAUUUCCGCAGUAUUACGGAGGACGUCUCACGUUAAAUUCUCGGAGCAAGGAAGCUGAUCAGGAUGGUAUUUUCUUUUUGGAGAAUUUAAAAAACUCUGAUUUCGAAAAUUUGGAAUCACAUCUCGGUUUUGACCUAGAAACUACCAAAUACUUCUUGCAACAGCUCGCCAGGUUACACGCAAGCUUCCUAGCCAUCAAGAUAAAAAAAACAGAGAUCUUCAAGCACAAAAUCAAACCCUACAUUAACAAAUCUGAGAAUACAGCCGAUACUGAUGAAAUAAAACGAGUGGUUAGCCUCAUGUGGGGCAAUGAAGGAUGUGUUUCCUUGAUUCCAAGGAUCAGGAGAGCUAUGUCUAAGAGGAAGCCAGCUCCACGAGAGCCGUUUUCCACGAUAAUUCACAGCAAUUUAUGGACGGAUAAUAUUAUGGUAAAACUGAACAGUGAUAAACGUGACAUCAUAAAAAUUGUGGAUUUUCAGCAUUACGAUUAUGGGUCUCCAGCAGCGGAUGUACUAUUUUUCCUCUUCACAAGUGUAGAAAUAUCAGUUCUGGAAGGUUAUCUGGAUGAACUGCUCAGGCACUACCAUACUGAUUUUGAAUCGGAUCUUCAGCAAUUCGAAAUCGAAGAUUCUUCGUUCUCUUUAGGUAACUUUCUAAAAGAAGUUACUAUCGAAGCAACAACUGCCCAAUUUCCACAUGUCUUUAUGAAGAUGAAGAAGAUUUUUUCACCAAAUCAUUCCAAAGAACACGAAGAAAGAGCGUGGUAUAUAGUUCAAGAAUUUGCGAAACGCAACUGGAUUUAAUUUGGAAAUUAUUUCCUAAUUUGUUAUUUAUAUAGUAAAUAUGCAUACAAUUUUAAAACUCAUUGAUGUUGUAAUAAUUAAAUGCCUACAUUGAAACAUCAUGACAUGACACAGCAGAAAGUGCUUAGUCAAUUUGAUACGUUGUAGAGAAAAAUGUAGAUAUUUGUGUACGUAAUAUUAUAAUUUUAUUUUUUAA